UCCAUGUUUUAUUAUCAGUCAAAAGAACAAAAACACAAACUCUAACCUAGUUUCCUUGACAGUGAUCAAGUUGAUUGGAAAUAUUUUAACAAUGAGCGAUGUCUUGUCAAAUGAACAGGAUCGCAUAUUUAAUUGAUCCAGAAGGAGUCAAGGCUAAAUUACUGGAGGAUGCCAGCACUAAAUUGGACCACGUCCCGAAGGACGAGCUCCCCCUGCAGGACAGCCUGGUCUCCCUCUCAUCAACAGGAGACGUCUUGGUCCUAGCCCUUCACCGCCAAGCAGUGAUCCUCACCUCAAAAUGGGACCUUCAGGAGUCCGGUGACGUGAAAAAUAAAUUCAACAUCACCUGGAGUGGUGCCCUGACCCCAGACCCCACCGAGUACAUCACCUCAGUCCUCUGCCUGCCCCUAGCGCUCCUCGGCAAGUCCAACAUCCCCGGGGGAGUGGACUGGACCUGCAUAGCAGUGGGUUUCAGCACCGGUUUCAUCCGCUUCUACACAGAAUUUGGUGCUCUGCUGCUAGAAGAACAGCUUCAGAACGAGAAUCUCAUAUCGUUAAAAUGUCAAUCUCUAACUGCCCUGAACGGCCACACCGGCGACACCACUCUCACCGAAGAAAUUCACGUGCUAUACACCACCGCAAUCUGCAUCCUCCCGGGAUUCCCCUUAUUUUCUACUCUGCGGGCUCGAAGGAACCACUUAGCCCAGAUUCAAGCGAGUUACCUCGACAAAUUCGGAGAGAAGCUCUCCACCUCCCCUUCCACCCUCACCUUCCGUAAAUUCGGCUUCAAAGAGCAAGACGUGAUCAAUGACUGCGAGUUCGUGGGUAUAACCUCGGUGAAUACCUUCGAUCACCUGAUGACCGCCUCCAUUUGUGGUGGCUACGGCGCCUCCUACCGAUCUAGUGCUCCUCAACAUAAUCUGACAAUAGCCACUGGCAAACGUCCUUACCUCGCUUUUCAUUACGCUCUCGAGGGGGGUGCGGCCCCCGUUCUGUCGGACGUGGCGAUGGCGAUGGCUAGUUCCUUAGCCAAUGCCAUUGGGAAAAUCGGUACAGCCGUGCCUUGGUUGAGAACUAACUUGAAGGGGAACAAUAGCAGCGCGAGUCCGAACGCUCAGGAGAAGAAAGGUCCGGCUGGGGAUGCGCCGGAGGUCAUGACCUGCAGGUUUGCCCUGAGCGAUGUUAUGAGGGAGGGUGACAACUUCAUCACCAGCCCGAAUAGGGUGCUUUCGGUGGUUUCCGAUGCUAUGGGACGGGUUGUACUUUUAAAUAAUAAGAAGGGCGUGGCCUUGAGGAUGUGGAAGGGGUACAGGGACGCGCAGUGCGGGUGGAUAGAGGUGAGUGAAGACAAGCACUUGUCGACAAAUCGUUUGAACGAGAAGGGGAUCAAAGGUUCUCACCGGAAAUCAACUCGGAGUGCUUUGAAGACCGCCCUUUUCCUCGUAAUUUACGCGCCCAAGAAGGGCGUCAUUGAUGUCUGGGGCAUUCAGCAGGGGGGGAAGAUUACGACCUUCACAGCGAGCAAAAAUGGCAGACUGAUCUACAUCAAUUACGGCUUGAUGGGGUUGAGCGAUACGCCCGUCGUCACGAACAAGCCACAAUAUGCUUGUGUGUUCGUAGAUCCGGCGGGUGGGCUGAAGGAUGUGUCCGUUCCGUUCCAUUAUGCCCUCAGCAGUAAAAACGGAAAACGCGCACGGGAUAUUCAUCUCUUCAAAAAGCUCAAGACGUUCAUGAGGGAGGUGGAGUUCGACGAGGACAAGCUGAUUAGCCAGAUUACGAGUGUCUGCUCAGAGUUGAAGACCAAUGAAGUUAGACUACAGAUCGUAGAAAUGCUCAUGGGAAAUAGACACAUCAGUCCGGAUGCCCUGUUGGCAGCUUGUCACUCCUUCGUCAACGCACUCAUUCAAUAUGAAGAUGACGAGCUGGAGCCCGCGGGGAAGACCCUCUACCGGAUCACUGUUCAGCUGCAGAAGGCGAUUGAGUUUUACAAAUACGUGAGGCCUUUGUUCGAUCGUCCACCGGAGUACAACACAGUCGCAUCUAGCUGCAUCCCGGAUGCAAAGUAUCUGUCACAAGUUCUGCUGACGUCUGAACACGAGGUCGACAGGAUUCUUAAGUUAUCCCAGCACCUCUACGAGUUCGAGCCUGUGAAGAAUCAGAAUCGGGUCACCUUCAAGGACGAUGGUGAACUGUUCCUGAACUUCAUAUCGUCCUUUGACUUUGGGGCGCAGCAAGACAGUAUUGGGCUGACACCGGACUUGAGCGCAGACAAGAAGUAUCAGAUUGGCUCGCUGAUUUAUCAAGGCUGGAUGUACUCCAGUGAAUCGACAGCUGAAUGGGAGGAGGCGGCGCAGGCCUCCAACAUUCGGUCCAAGUCUAUGAUUGAAUUGGCGUUGAUCUACUGGCUGAAGAAGCUCCCAGGCGCACCUCUAGAGAUUGAGCUCAGUAGAUUCACGCAACUGUUGCACGCCAUUUGUGCCCUUGAUAACAUCGAGGAAGAACGUGGGGAUGAGGAUCGCGAGGGCAUUUCGUCCUGGUGGGGCGACAUCAGGAGCAUUCUGAUGGCAUCGCCCAGACCUUUUCAGGCGUUAACAGCAGCGCUGGCUUGCAGGACUGUUGAGAUCAGCCAGCAGAAGCGACGGGACUGGAUUUAUAAUAAAGAUGGUGAGGCCGGCGAAAGUUGUGACAGCGAGAAGGGUCAGGAGUGGGAGAACAUCACCAAUGACACCUGCCAAUUCACUUUGCUCAUCGGAAAUCUUGAGGAUGUCUCCCUUCUUAAUGCCAUCAUCAAUCAACCUGUCUCGAAUAACAGCAAGCAGUUCUACUCUCUGCCGUACGAGAGGGUUGACAUUUCCAUGGGUUAUAUCAUCUCAAAGGGGAAGGGAUCCAUCUCGGAGAUUGUGGCCAAGUGGCUGUCGUCGUCUGGCGUAGAUCCUGAGAGCCUCAUUGGUCAUCAUGUUGAAUGUUCUGAGGCUUCAAAUACCGUCGAAGAUCACGGGGCGGAGAAGUCGCAUGUUCCCCGUGACAGUGACGAUGAUAUUCUUAUCAAAGAAGAUAAAGACAUCGUUCUGGAGCGAAAUGUCGAUCCGCUCACUAGGGAAAUCUCGGAGAAAAUCUCUCUCUUGCGGCAGCACUUUCCCUACAGUCUGACCAACAGCAUUUUAUUGGCGAAUUUGUCCUGGGAAUUUGUCGUCCACUGGAGCAAGGACGUCACCAAGCUGGAGUCCCUGGAGGCUGCUCUGAAUGUUCUACGGAGAAUCCCGUCCAAGUGCAUGAGGCACGGGGUGUGCUGCCUUCUUUGGAACAUUCACAUCAAGAAACGCAUGGAGACGACUUCGAAGUUGAUGAACAAACUGGGAAAACUACCCAAAGAACGAUUGUGCAUGCAGGAGAUCGGAUUAUCUGAUACUGAAUUAGCCGGCUUUCUGCAGCAUUGCGUAACAUUCCUUGAUAUUUUCCUGGAUUCUGAAGUUGUUGAUGAGGACAACGACGUUGUGUUGAAGUUUGAGGAGUUGUGGGAGGGACAUACGACAUCAGCCCCACAGCCAUUCGCGGUCCUGGCGGUGACACAGACGCCAGCCUGGUUUGACCUCAUCAUGCUGCAUUUUCAGCUGGCUAAUGUGCUCCAUAUGAUCGCUCAUUUCAAUCUCAAGACAAUCAGGCUCAUGGUCAAUCUGUUUGAUUCGGCUAGCAAUCAAUACUUCUUUCAGGACAUCACAGAUAAGACGGUACUGGCUUGGUACAGGGAUGAUAAGAGGGACAAUAUGAGGAUGGAGUUCCUGUGCAGGGUCAUUACGGCUUCUAUUGAAUCCAUUCAUCAGAAGACUACGGGGGAUGGUGGGGAGGCUUGUGAUAGCGAGAACGUUCUGUGGAUGAGCAAGUGCCAAACGAUGGCGGCUUUGUGGAAAAUCGAUAAGGACCGGUUGAGAAUUCAUCAGGUCUAUCAACUUUAUGUUAAUGGAUUCGAUGGACAGGCGGAAGAGAUCUCGAUGGCGAUAAACAACACGGAAUCGCUCGCAGUAAGUCUUCUACCUGUAGCAGGGAGAAGAAUGAUGAAUUAUCUCUCCCAGACACCGUCGCUUUUGGAGCAAGUCUCCAGGAUAAGUCCAUCACUCGCCCAAUAUCUAGAACAGCUCAAUAUUCAAUGUGUCGUGAUGUCCACGAGCUCUCACGACGCAGAUGUCGAAUUAAUACGAAAGGUCUCUCGAUACCUCCCUGAGAACCACAAGGACUAUCACCUAGCGCAGCUGAUGCUUGACGCAACGUUCAUAUACGAUGCACAGUUAUAAAUAAAUUUAUUGUAUUAUAUAAGUUAUCGAUCAUCACUUGUAAUAUAUUAUUAUUGUCUUCGUUUUGUCUUCGUUUUUGAGAUGAGACAGGAAUAAAGGGAGGAGAAAGCGAGAAAUUAUCUUGCGUCACUCUCCAUUAAAUCGACGCACCUGAGAUUUUUUGUGUUAUUAAAGAAAAGUACUGUUUAAAAAACAAAAAUAAGUUUUUUAUUUUUUCCAAUUAUUCUUCAAAUGUUAGAUAACAGAUAAGAAAUACAUAUGAGAUAUAUGUCUGCAGAUAUGGAGAGAGGAGAGGGGGGGCUAACAGGAAAAUACUUCGGCGGAACCAAUGAAUUAGAAAAAUAAGAAAAAAAUCAAAUAAAAAAAUAUUUUUUCCAAUCAAUUAGGCCAAUUAAAAAUAUUUUAUAUAUAUUUUUGUAAAUAUUAAUUUUUCCGUGAGAUAUUUUUAUUACCAUUGGUUAUUCCCGACCAACAGUGAAUUAAACUUUUAAACAAUCCUCGUUUUUCAGUACCUAGAUUACCGCACCUUCAAUACUAUGCACGUAAAUAUUAUCCCUAUAGCAGCUGUCGUGAGGUAUCUAAAUAAUCUUGAUUAAUAUACAUAAACCACCUUUAAAUUAACAAAAAAUACGGAAUAAUUACAGAGGAAAAUAAAAAUCUAAAAUAA